AUGACGAUGAGGGAGAGGAGUCCCACAGCAAUUCCCAGGCCAAUGGAGAUGCUUCAGGCCUCCUCUGCUGAUCUAAUGAUUAGAAACAUCCUCCUAAAGCACGCUGGGUGGUAUGGCUGCCGGGUUCAAACCACUGCCGACUCACUGAUGUCAGAAGCUGAGCUGCUUGUAAGAGGUCCUCCAGGGCCCCCAGGGAUUGUGAUUGUGGAAGAAAUCACCGAUACCAUGGCAACACUCUCUUGGAGUCGUGGGGUAGAUAAUCACAGUCCAAUCAGCACCUAUAAUUUACAGGCUCGGAGCCCUUUUUCAUUAGGAUGGCAGACUGUGAAAACAGAGCCGGAUCCUGUCACUGGAGAUAUGGAAUCAGCUGUGGCAGUAGAUCUGAACCCCUGGGUAGAAUAUGAAUUCCGGGUGGUAGCGAGCAAUGGCAUUGGGACAGGAGACCCAAGUGCCCCCUCUAGGGUUGUCAGAACCAAUGAAGCAGUUCCAUCAGUGGCCCCAGCAAAUGUGAGUGGGGGGAGUGGCCGGAGACAUGAACUGGUUAUAACUUGGGAGUCCCUGACGUCGCCGGUUCGAGUCCAGGCUAUUCCACUGCCGACCGUGAACGGGCGCUCCCAGGGGGCCGGCGCACAAUUGGCCGAGGACCGGGCAUCUGAGGGCUUGCCUCUGUGA